AUGGAAGCACAGAAUCUUACACACGUGUCAGAAUUCCUCCUCAUGGGACUCUCAGAUGACCCAGGACUGCAGCCCCUUCUCUUUGGGCUCUUCCUGUCCAUGUACCUGGUGGCAGUGCUUGGGAACAUGCUCAUCAUUCUGGCUGUCAUCUCUGACUCCCAUCUCCACACCCCCAUGUACUUCUUCCUCUCCAGCCUGUCCUUGGCUGACAUUGGUUUCAUCACCACCAUAGUCCCCAAGAUGCUGGUGAACAUCCAGACACACAGCAAAUCCAUCACCUAUGUGGGCUGCUUAACUCAGUUGUCCUUUUUUUUCCUUUUUGGAUGUUCGGACAAUCUACUACUGGCUGUAAUGGCUUAUGAUCGGUUGGUGGCCAUCUGUUAUCCCCUGCACUACCUAGUCAUUAUGAAGCCGCGCCUCUGUGGCUUGUUGGUUCUGGUGUCAUUUUUCAGCAGCUUUUUGGACUCCCAGAUUCAUUGCUUGAUGGUGUCACAGCUUACCUUCUGCACAAAUGUGGAAAUUCCUCAUUUCUUUUGUGAUCCUCCUCAACUUCUCCAUCUUGCCUGUUCUGACACCUCCAUCGAUAACAUAAUAAUCUAUUUUAGUGGUGCCAUUUUUGGUGGUAUUCCUGUCUCAGGGAUCCUUUAUUCCUAUAUUCGAAUAGUUUCCUCCAUUCUGAGAGUCCCUUCAACAGGUGGGAAAUACAAAGUCUUUUCUACCUGUGGCUCUCACCUGUCAGUUGUUUGCUUAUUUUAUGGAACAGGACUUGGGGUGUACCUCAGUUCAGCUGUCUCCCCCUCUCCCAGGAAGGGUGCAGUGGCCUCGGUGAUGUACACCAUGGUAACCCCCAUGUCUAACCCCUUCAUCUACAGUCUGAGAAACAAGGACAUCAAGAGUGCCCUGUGGAGGAUUAUCAGCAGAAUAGCCUAA